CCUUUUCAGACCGCAAACUUCCAUCUAAUGCCUGUCCCCAAUCCUAACUACCACAGACCAGAGCCUCCCCCACCCCACGCAAUGUAACCCCGCUCAAUGGAUCACCUAAAAAUGCGUUUGAUAUCUCAGAGAAAAGAGGGGUGUCGAAAAGGUGAGCCCCAGGUGUGACCCACAGGGAUCCAGGUGACGUCUCUGCAGACUCUUUGCCAUGCCACUCCACCAAGGACUGGGGGAGUAAAGUGGGAAUUCUUUCCCAUGCCCCUCCCAUGGUCAGCUCCCCAAUGGCCUGGGUGAGGGCAGAAAGGCUGCUCUGACACCAUGGGGAGCUGCUGUAGCUGCCUGGACAGAGACAGUGUGCCACACAACCACCCUACCAAGUUCAAGGUGACAAACGUGGAUGAUGAAGGGGUGGAGCUUGGCUCGGGGGUGAUGGAGCUGACGCAGAGUGAGCUAGUACUGCACCUGCAGCAGCGGGAAGCUGUCCGCUGGCCCUACCUGUGCCUGCGGCGCUAUGGCUACGACUCCAACCUCUUCUCCUUUGAGAGUGGCCGCCGCUGUCAGACAGGCCAGGGGAUCUUUGCUUUCAAGUGCUCACGGGCCGAGGAAAUCUUCAACCUGCUGCAGGACCUCAUGCAGUGUAACAGCAUCAACGUGAUGGAGGAAUCAGUUAUCAUCACACGCAACAGCCACGCCCCAGAGCUCGACCUCCCUCGAGGACCCCCACAGCCCGCUGGCUACACCGUCUCCAGCCUCUCCAAUGGCUGCCCUGGCUGUCCUGGAGAGGGUCCACGGUUCUCUGCUCCCCGCCGACCCUCCACAAGUAGUCUACUACACCCCUCGCUUGGGGAAGAAUCCACCCACACCCUCAUUGGCUCCGAAGAGCAGUCGCACACCUACGUCAACACGCCAACGGGUGAAGACGACCACCGCAGGAGUCGCCACUGCCUCCAGCCACUGCCUGAGGGCAGGGCACCCUUCCCAGCACAGACACGGGUUUCCACUCAGCGGGAUGCACAGGUCUUCUUGCAGCCGGGGCAGGUCAAGUUUGUGUUGGGCCCCACCCCUGCUCGUCGACAGGCGAUGAAGUGCCAGGCCCUCUGCCCCAGCAUGCACGACCCUCCCCAUCACAACAACAACGAGGGCCCUUCUGAGUGUCCAGCCCAGCCCAAAUGCACCUACGAGAAUGUCAGUCAGGGGAGCCUGCGGCAAGGGUCUGGCUGGAGACUGAGCCCAGAGGAGCCCGGGUGGAGUGGCCUGGCCCACCGUCGGGCUGCCCUGCUGCACUAUGAGAACCUGCCCCCUCUCCCCCCUGUGUGGGAGAGCCAAGUCCAGCAGCUGGGCCUGGGCGGGGAGGCCGGGGAUGAUGGGGACUCCAGGGAUGGGCUUACACCAUCCUCAAAUGGCUUCCCGGAUGGUGAGGAGGAUGAAACGCCCCUACAGAAACCCACCAGCACCCGGGCCUCUGCCCGUAGCCACGGCAGCUUCCCUGUCCCACUGACCCGCCGCCGAGGCUCCCCAAGGGUCUUCAACUUCGAUUUCCGCCGGCCAGGCCCUGAGCCCUCAAGGCAGCUCAACUACAUCCAGGUGGAGCUCAAGGGCUGGGGCACAGACCGUCCCAAGGGGUCCCCGAGCCCCUCCGUGUCUGGAGCUCCUGGGCCCACCCCACACCCUGUUCGAAGCUCAGACUCCUAUGCCGUGAUUGACCUCAAGAAGACCGUGGCCAUGUCCAACCUGCAGAGGGCUCUGCCCCGAGAUGAUGGCACUGUCAGGAAGACGAGACACAACAGCACAGACCUGCCUCUGUAGAGCUGGUCCUGUCGGCCUUGCCUCCUGCAGGGAGACCUCCACCUCACCCGCCAGCCCGGACUCACAGCUGCUUUGCAGAAAGACUCUGGGGUAGACCAGAUGUCUCCCUGCAUUGCUGGAGUCCCCCAAGCUGGGGAGAGGGGAGGGUGAGCUGGAGAGGAGGCAGCCAUGAUGUAAACUGUGAAGGGUUCCCAAGGUUGCAUUUUGCACCCUUCCCUAAUGUCCGUUUGUCUAGUAUGUCAGCUGUCUGUCUUUGUAUGUUUCUUUUCUUUAUUUCUUUAUUUCUUUUUUUGGUUGGAGUUUUGAAACAUUUUGUACCUGUUGAUUUUAUUUAUCAGU